AGUGUCAGAACUUGUGCUGUCUCAACCUGUUAGUGGGUGGAGAAAUAGGUGAGUAUAUGAACAGGUAAGGGUAUGCGUCAGACUCAGCUCUAUCAGAAGGCUCAACAUUGCAACAUGUUUUGAUAUGCUUCUACAAAGCAGCACUUGGAUGUAACAAGUUAUACGGAUUGUACGCAUUUGUUAACCUAGACCAGAUAAAUGCUUAAGAAAACGCAAGGAUCGGCCGACGUGGACGCGUCGCGCAUUCUUGGGAAGGGUCCUGAGUUCCUGAGGAAACAGAUUGAACGCGAAAACGAGGGGAAUAUGGGACGCGUCAGCGCUGUGGAGAGACUGGCGGCCAGUAAACCGCAAUACGUUAAAAGUCAACAGGUAGCCAGUUCUCCCCAAGAGCCCGUCAGCCUCGGGUGUGCGCUCGCGAGCAGUCAAAGGUCCUCAAACGGGCACGGUUUCGUUAGGAAAACCACCAGCGUUGAUGUUGAGAAUGAACCGAAGCGUCAAGAAGAGACCAAUGUGGUGAGACGGAUCAGCUCGAAAAAACGCGAUUCGAUUCUGUUGUACAGACAGAAGUGUGAACUCUUGCGAGGGUCCCCCGGCGGAAUAAAACAACUGAUUAAAAAGUCAAUCAAAGGCAAGACAAACGCGUUUUCCGAAGCGCAAAGUGACAGUUUGAAUUGUGAGACUGCGCUUGGCACCACGCGUGAAGACUGCGUUCAAGAGUCUUCGUUCACUUCGCUCGUCUUAAACGGGUCAACCAAGUUGGACCCGCAAUCACGUGGGACAGAAGACCCACCAAGAGCGCCUUGUCACCGGAGAGUGGCCGAAACGCAGGAGCAGGAGCGCAAGAGCCGAAGAGGGGUGGCGCGCUCAAGCUCCGACAUCAGUUCGCGCUACUCGAAAAACUUUGUGGAUUUCGACGCCUUCUUCGUGUACUGUGGCCUCGAGGGAGACGUCAUUGAGUCCAUGGGCAAAGAAAACUUCUACGCGCGCUCGGACGACCUCGGCUGCAGAAUUCGGAGUGUCAGCGUUGCGACGUCGGAAGAGGCGUUUUCGAACAGCAGCGGGCACAGCGACGGACUUCAGGAGGACGAGCUUCAGGAGAAAGUGCGCCAAGGGUUAUCCGUCGUGGAGCGCAACGCGCGCAUCAUCAAGUGGCUCUACAGCUGCAGAAAUGCAGUGGAGGCUGGAAAGACACUGAGAGUUUUGGAUUGAAUAUUUUUAGCGGUUUUGUUCAGUUCCACCAGAUUCCCGUCAGAUUUCUGACCCUGUUUAGUGUUUACAUAAACUUGGAUGAUGUCAGUUGGUUAAGACAUUUCUCCACAAUAGGCUAGAUUCUGCUGGAACCGUGUUUCCAUUGGAUGUCAUGUUACUUGAUUUUAUUGAAUAUUUAUGUCCAGAGUUUUAUAUCAUUGCAUAGCCUGCUAUCUAGGUCUGGAGUUGAGACUUUUCCCGCAUGAUUUAGAUCCAACCCCCAAACUCACCUGCCUUUAACUUCAUAGCUUGUUCAUGUGUUUAAUCUGGGUUGGAGGAAAGUGGGCCCCGAGGGCCAGAGUUCUUUUGCAUUCUACCUGUAUUUCAGUGUUAUGUUAAAAGUGGGUUGCAAAUUGAUUUUUACUUUCAUGAUAGUUUACAAAGACAUUUAAAAGUUUACACCAAACAGGCCAUCAUAUAUGCCUUUCAGCAAUGGAAUCUGCCCUUGAGAUAUGGAUUAACAUGGCCUUAAACAAACACUUGACUUCAGUUCGUUGUGUAACAGGAAAGAGUGAAGAAAAAUUGUUGCGUUCACACCCUGUUUGGGUGUGUAUAAUUUGUGCCACUGUCACAUAGGUUAUAGGAUCAGGUGGCUGUUUAUCCUGGGUCCUGACUGUCUCGUCAUAUCUUCCUGACUCAGUACUGUGAAAAUUCACAUAGUCGCUUAAUUUUUAAAGGAACACAAUAAGGUGCAAACAUUCAUACAACCUGGCACGCUAUAUGGAAAUGCUAUGUAAACUACAAAUGCAGCUGUAAAACAUUUGAAUAAAAAGUUUCUCUGCAAACUAUUUCUGUACUUUUGUAUGCUCUCUUGAGGUUAUAGCUCUCGUAACAACAUUAAAAUCGAG